CUGAGUAGGCCUGCCAUAAAUUAAGAGGGAAUUGCUGCCAUCUUUGGUUCUUUGAUGGAGUAAUUGUUUUCCAGUUCACAGCUUUUGAACACUUUUCUCAUGACCGUGUUAGUGACCAGAGGACACUCACUGCGACCCAAGGCGAACAUAAAUGAUUAUGUUUAGAAAUAUUUUUCCCAACAUGUUAUUUAUUAAUAUGUUACCCAUUUUCCGACGAAAGCGUUUAUGCUACUGUAGUUCAAUGCAGACCGGGUUCACCGCACAGCAGAGAGCUGAGUAAUGAGACCUGGAAAAAGGGGCUUCUGCAAAAGGAAAUCUGAAUGGGACCAAUGGAAAGUGGCUGGGGAAGAAGUUAAAAUAACGGAAAUGAGCAAGCGCCGAUUAUCAUUACCACGGCUGCCGUUAUGUGUGGGAAAUUCGGUACAGAUGAAUGGAGAUGGCGACUUGAAAUGUCUUAUCGCUCGCGAAUUCCACAUCGACAUUUAAGGAUAAGGAACAAAAUAUAGUAUCCGGCUACGAAUCAAGUCCAGGAUUAUGCAGCAAUGUUCACGCGAUAUAGUUUUUUUUUUUUUUUCUAAAUUAGAUGUGAGCAAAUAUAACAUCCCCAACAACGUAAGAAGUAAAUGUAUUUGAGAUUUUUUAUCCAGUUUUUACUGCGAGUCCGUUAUUUUUUCUUUAUUUAAAUCUAGUUAGUGAUACUUAAGAAAACAACAUGGUAAUCCAGUUAUGAAUCUGUUUUCACAUAAUUUAACCUUUUAUCGUCACCCGUGGAUGUGCCACGCGCUUCAAAGAAAAUGAUACGGAACAAAUCAAAAUGCUGAUGUGCAUCUACAAAUGUAUUUGUGAUCAUAGCAUUUUUUUUCAUCCCGCAGAAAUGGUGUAAAACAUUUGUGUGAGAGAAACUAUUUAAAAGCCAACGUUUCCUUAGUACUGCCAAGACAUGACCGACUGUGGACCAACGAGGAAACUGGCCCGGGCUAAACUGGUGGUCCUCGGACGAAGGAACUGUGGGAAGACGGGCACCUGUGUGUGAUUCAUCACCCAGCGUUUCAUUGGCGAGUGUGACCACAGAAAGGAAGUAAUCUACAGGUGUCAGAAAAUUGUGGACAAAGAUGUGAUUGAUUUGGAGAUACUGGACACAUCUAACAAGGUAAAUAUUUUGUGUUUCAACAGUUCCGUUGAGAGCUCCAUUAAAUGGGGAGAGGGAUUUCUCCUUGUGUACGCCAUCACAGACCACUGCAGCUUUGAGUCUGCCUCGCGUCUGAAGAGGCAGUUCGACCUCGUCGAGCAGACUGUGGGUGUCCAAACUGUAAUCGUGGCCAACAAGAGCGAUAUCUAGAGCGGACGGGUUGUGGCGAUGGAGGAGGGGCAGACUCUCGCCAACAGCCUGAGGUGUGGCCUCUCCGAGCUGUCGGUGGCAGCGGGCUGGGGGGUGGUGGAGACGGCAGUCUCCUUGCUGGUGAGGGAAAUGAGGGCGGAGGCCUACAGGCACCUGCUGACCAGGGACAAGUGCUCGCGUGUCCUGCAGGUGAGCCAGACCCUGAGCCAGCUCACACGCAUGGGGCCUGGCUGCGGUGGAUCUCAAGGGCCCACAAACUCAGCCCUGGGGACUCACAGAGCCAGCUGGUUUCCAAUCUACAACCUCUGA